AAGUCCGAAAUCUUAACUAAAAUUAAGCUCAUUUAAAAGUGCAAAUCUAUCUAACCUAAACAAUAUGGAAUAAAUAUAAAAAAUCAUCGAAAAAUCAUAAUACAGGAGUGAAAAUGCCCAAAAUAAAUAAUUUGAAAGUACUCUAAACACAACAACCGUAAAGCCUCACAACAUAAGAGUAAACCCAUAAUUAGCAGAAUAUGCAUAUGAGGAAAUAAUGGAGAAAGAAAUGAAAGUUUCAGAAGAAGAAUACUAAGAAUUUAAAAGAAAAUAUCAUCGUAUGGUUUUUGACAAAAAGGGAAAUUACUUAUAUACAAAGCUAGAGCCAUAAACUGAGGAUUAAUAAAGAAGCAUAAAAGAAAUUUAUCAAUAAAAAAACACUUCUUAGAAAUUUCAAAAAGACCUCAUAAACCACCAGAAGAAUUUUUAGCCUGAAAAAAUAAUUUAAAAUUUAGUGAAAUCAUCAUAAGAAUAAGCUUCUAUGAACCCAAGGAAAAAAGCUAUUCUAGAUAUUAAAGAAAAAUCAUUAAAGGGCAUUUAAUAAAUGCUUAAUUUGGGUGUAAAAUAAAAAAUUAUUGAAAAUGCCUAAUAAGAAGUGAUUAAAGCAAGUUAAGAAAUGAUAAGCGAAGUAGAAAAAUUAAUAAGAGAAAAUGAAAUUUUAAAAGGAGAUUUGGAAAAAUCUAAAGACUUGAUAGUUGAAUUAUAAACUUAAAACGAGAACUAGAAUUGGAAGAAUUCUUGCUUAAAAAAAGAUAUUGAAUAAAUAAAUGUUAAUUUUGAUAUUUUAAAGAAUAAUUCUAGUCAACUUGAAGUAUUUAUUCCUGAAUAUAAGAAGCUUAUGUUAAAAUUUCCUGGAAUGAAUUCCAACACAUUAAUACAUAAAUUCGAAAAGCUUGAGAAUUUUUGUUUAGAAUUAAAUAAGAAAUCUUAAGAACUUGAAAUUUAAAAAAGAGAACUUGAAUAAGAAAAGUAGAAAAUAAAAAACUUAUUUGAUAGUGAUGUAUAGGAAUUAAAAAUAAAAGAAACAACAAGAAAAAAAUAAACAGAAAUGUAUUUAGAAAAAUUAAAAGAAAAAGAAAUCGAAUUAAAGGACUCAGAUGAAUAUAAAAAGAACUAUAUAUAGCUUUAAAACCGAAUUAUUAAUAUUUAUAACAAAUGGAAUUCGAAAAUAAAAGUUUAUUCUACUUCUAGAAAAGAUAAUGAACCAAUAGCUCAUAUUAAAGACCCUUUAGAAAUACUAGAUUAUAUGGAAAAAAAUAUUCAAAUUUCAACUUCGGAUAGACUUUAAGAGUAUUUAAGAAAAAUUAUCGUUUCAGCCAAUCUUUUACAAAGAAAAUAUCUUCCAUUAUUUGUAAAUGAAAAAUUUGAUCCAGAUAAAAUUUAUGAAAGAAUUCUUAAACUUGUAAAUAAUUUAAAUGCUGAGAAUUUCAAGUUAAAAGCUUAAAUAGAUUAAUUUAAAAAAAAAGAAUAAAAUACACAUGAUUUAAAUUAUCACACAAACAAAAAAAAUACAAAUGAAUAAAAUAGUACUAAUUCUUUUCCAAGAAAGCUUUCUUUAACAAAAACAUAUUAAUUUGAUGAUUGA